GGGAUAAGAAGGUCGCGUUGCCGGCGGUUUUGUCAUGAUAUCGUAUGAAAAGGAGGUCUUGAACGUCGCCGCCUUUCUCCAAGACUGAUCAGGUUCACCAACUUGCUGCUGACUAAUCAAUAUUGUCGUGUUUCCUGCUGUGAAUUCGUUCCUGCUGCUGUUCGUAUAUGCACGUGCAGAUGCGGACUAGGGAAAAGUACACGUAUCGAUUUCCAGUGGCGUAACUGCAGAAGUCACAGCUUAUACAAUACUAAACAGCUACGCAGCUUAUCAUGCAGAGCAACAGAGCAGCUGCGUAACAGAACUUCGUGCGAGACUCUCGGACUUCUCAAUACCAUGCUGCGUAUAAUGGAAGAAGACCGUUGCGCCUUCCUAGAAGAAACAGGCGUCGCUUUGGCAAAACAACGCAGCAUCAUUAGCAUUUUGCGCAAAGAAAGGGACGCCCUUCUAGAAGACGCAAGUGUGGCCCGAUGCGCAAUACACAAGAGGAAAGACGAAGAAUUCACGGAAAAAGUGGCCAUGUUGGCGAGUGAGAAGGAAGAGAAAGAAAGAGUCUUGAAAGAAGAGAAGGAGAGAUUGAAGGAACUUGAUGAACAGAUUAGGAAGCUGGAGGACAACAUUAGGGUCUUAAGACCAAAAUCAGCCGUAUCAGAUGAAGACUACAUACAGAGACUGGCUAGCGGACAAAGGUCAAUACAAAUUUUACAAAAUAGAUUAGGCAACACUAUAAAAAAGUUUUGCAAUAUCUUAGCUGAGAACAAAAGACUUCGUGAGGAAAUUGAUCAUCUUUUGAAAGAAAGAUCCCAUUUCAAUGAAGUGUGUGAGAAAUUGUUGAGAGAUGUUAACACCGGUAAAAAAUUCAUGGUAGAAUUGAUAGAGCACACUACAGUUGCCUUUGAUCAGAGAGAAGAAUUUUGUUCCAAAUUGGAGCUGUUGAAGAAAAGAACUAUGGUGGACGAAUUAGCUCACACAGAGGAAAUGAGGGAAAUACACAGACAACUCGAUCAUGAUCUGACCUUAAGGGAGUUCUUGAGCGUAAAAGGACAGAAGCGUAUUCUCAAAGAUCUGGAAGAAAAAGAGCGAAUACGCUUGGAAGACGAAGCCGAAAGCUUAGAAAACCAACUCCUUGUCUAUGAAAAGACUUUGGAGCAAAUUCAGCAAUUCAUAGAUGAGAAAAGUGUUGACAGGAUCGCUUCUCAGUAUCUGAAGCAGGAGGAAGAAAAUUUUGCUCUAUUCAACUAUGUGAACGAGCUAAAUCAUGAAAUCGAGCUACUGAAUGCCUGCAUAUUGGAAAUGCAAGAACAAAUUGAUGAACAAAUUGAAAUGAGUAGCAUUAGAGCCAAAGAACGUCAAGCAACGUUGAAAUCGCUUAAGCUCGACCUCGAAGCAGCUGGAAAAAAGGCAAAUGAAGAUAAAGAAAAUCUGGAAAAGGCUAAAGAAGAGUUGCACGCAGUUCUGGAUGGAAUUGAAGAAGUAUUUUAUAUAGCCAGCUGUGACAGAGGUCCCAUUUUAGAUUUACUAGGGAAUAGCUCUGACAUUAAUUUGUUCAACGUGAAGAUAUACUUGGGAACGAUAGAGAAGAAAAUAUCCAGUAUAGUGACGAAAUUAUAUUUUGCUGAAAAAGCUAUUCUGAAACAUUCUAAAAAGUUUUCCAGCAAGGAAGAGCCCGUCACACCAAUUCAAUGAAAGAUGAGCUGUGAACGUCAAAAGUGUAGUAGGCCAUCACUUAUUAUUACAAUUGGAACACUUCGAAAAAUAUUAUAUUUUUUUACCUUUCAGAGCAUUUUGGUAUAUACAAAGGACAAAGCGUACUAUAACAGUUUUGCAAUACAGUUUUAUUUAUUGACAUCGUCAAACUUCAUUUUCACAUGCGGAAACAGAACAAAGUCGCAGGGUGCAAGAUCUGGUCUGUAAGGAGGGUGCUCAAUAAGUUUCAGUCCAGUAGUGGUCAAAUACUCGGUGCAGGCUUUAGCGGUGAGCUAGAGUGUUGUCAUGGUGGAGCUACCAAGUGUCCAUUCUUGACUUUGGCCGCAGGUUUCUCAUAGACUCUAUGACUUUAGGCAGGCACUGUUCCGUGUACCACUUAGCUGUGAUUGUCUUUUGUGGGUCCAAAACGACCCGCUCCACAACCCCGCUCGAUUUGAAAAACACAGCUAUCAUUUUUUUUUAAUAGAUCGGGAUUUUCUGACAGCUAAGGGUGUGUUUUCAUCAUCAAAGACCCAAACUUUGUUUUGACCCUUGGUCAGCACAUCGUAAUAAUAGAGCCAAGGCUCGUCACCUGUCACGAUGCUGUUCACAUAGCCUUAUCAAACAUUUUCAGCAUCUUUCGGCACCAAGUCUUCUGCUCUUCCGCCAGACUAUACGGUACCCAGAGAGAACAAAGUUUCCUUACGUGUAAAUGGUCAUGCAGAAUUGAAUGAACGGCUGGUGCAUGAAGGUGUAAGGUCUCCUCUAUCUGUUGGUAUGUCACUCUCCGGUCUUCGUCAAGCGUUUUUCCUCACAGCGGAAACGUUUUCCUCUGUUACUGACGUUCGCGGCCUUCCUUCCCUCUCAGCGUCCUCCAGAGUGAAAUUGCCCCUUUGGAAUUCUUUGUACCACCUGAAUAUGGUCGUACGAUGAGGACAAUCAUUCUUUAAUGCAAGCGUCAUUUCUUCUCAGCACUGGUCUAAGGUUGAACCACGCGUAAACUUAUACUGUAAAAAUGCACUCAAGGACAUGUCUCAACAUGCAGGCUUCUGUGUCCGUUUGUUAAGUCAUAUUGCAACGCUUUUAUAGUACGCUUGUAUGUUUCUGUUCCAAAUCCCUGAGAUAGGGUCAAAAAUAUACAUUUGAUACAAACGCAGGGAAAUCAAACACAAUACUAUAUUCACCAGUUUUUCUUGUCGCAUGAUCAAAGUUACAGAAAGUAAGGACAAUAUAAAAGCAUACCUAACAAACUAAUUCACAUACAUGUCAACUAAAUUCGAAAGAACGAUAAGUAAUUUGCUGUACUUAGGUAAAAGGCAGUAAGUUUAGUGUUUGCCUUUUUUAAAUAUUGAC